AUGGCGGAAUCCUUUUCCAUCCCCGAUUCUCAAGGGGCUGCCGCUAAUGACCCCCCACAACCCACCUCAUCUUUGGCUUCGGCUCCACAAAACGUAUCCCAGAGCGCUGCGCCCGUCGCAGGGCAUCAUGGUGGUGAAUCUUCAGACUCAGACGAGGCAGAGCCUGAAGAAGAGUUCUCGGACUAUGCAGAAGAUUUCGCGAGCGAUACAACGUCGCUAAACUCUGAGAUCACCUCCUACCGAUUUGAGAAUGGACGACGCUAUCACGCCUACAAGGAGGGGGCUUAUUGGGGUCCUAAUGACGAAAUGCAAAAUGAGCAACUAGAUAUUGCUCAUCAUAUGUUUACAUUGCUUCUCGAUGGUAAACUACUACUUGCGCCGAUCAGCGACAACAUACAGAGAGCGCUGGAUGUUGGCACUGGCACUGGGAUUUGGGCCAUUGAUUUCGCAGACGAAUAUCCUUCAGCACAAGUCAUUGGCACCGAUCUGUCACCUAUACAGCCCGGUUUUGUACCACCCAAUCUACAGUUCGAGAUCGACGAUGCCACGGAAGACUGGGUCUAUCCAGAGAACCAUUUCGAUUUGAUCCACGUUCGUGCACUGUAUGGCGCGAUCGCGGACUGGCCCGCAUUCUAUCAGAACGCCCUCAGUCGCUUGCGGCCGGGGGGCUGGUUUGACCAGCUCGAGAUGUCCAUACAAUUUCGAUCGGAUGAUGGCACGGUGACAGACGACCAUGUUCUAGCUGUCUGGUCGAAGACCUUCAUUGAGGCGGGCGAGAAGUUCGGCAAGACCUUUCGCAUUGCCGAUCUUGCUAAGGGCUAUAUGCAGCAGGCUGGAUUUCAUAACGUGACGGAACACCGCAUGAAGUUGCCUGUCGGUCAGUGGAGUCGAGACAAGAAGCUGAAGAAACUAGGCAUGUGGAACUUGGUUCAUUGUGAGCAGGGAAUUGAAGGAUGGGCCAUGGCACUGCUGACCCGAGUCAUGGGAUGGAGCUAUGCCGAAGUGCAGGUCUUCUUGGCCCAGAUGCGAAAAGGCCUCCGUGAUCCGAAUACUCACGCAUACUUCAACGUGGUUGGGGUGUAUGGACAAAAGCCUACAAGUGCCUAUUAG